CCUGUCCCGCUGCGCUGCACGGCUCCUGCAAACUCGCCCCAAGCAGAGGAACUUUCUGCAGACAGGCUUCUUCAUCCCCCCUCUGCUUCCCCUCCUGCCAAAUAAAGUCUGGGGGCUUUGCUUCAACUCUAAAAACUGAUGAUUGCCCUUAGGAAGAGAAGCUCAUGCUCCUCUCAGCUGUUCCCCGCUCUCUGUGCCCUCGGGCUGGCCGUGCUGGGGGGUCUGUCCUGGGCUGUCCCCAUGGACGAACAGGAUUAUUAUCUGCAAGAGAUUAGCAACAGGGAUCACUAUUACUCCUUUCCAUACCCUGGUGAAGAGUAUUUUUCUUUCACGGAGCAACCCGGAGAGGAAGGAACUAUCCGUGCUUCAGAGCCAGAGGAACACCCAGGGUUCAAACCGAGCAGGAAAGAGUUAAAACCGAAGAAAAGCAGCAAAAAAGGAAAAGCCAUUCUUGAACCUCCACCAGAUUGUCCUCCACUUGGUCUAGAGACACUAAAAAUUACUGACUUCCAGCUCCAUGCCUCUACAGCAAAGCGAUACGGCCUCGGGGCCCACAGAGGAAGGCUUAAUAUUCAGGCAGGUGUUAACGAAAAUGAUUUUUAUGAUGGUGCUUGGUGUGCAGGAAGAAAUGAUCCAUUUCAGUGGAUUGAAGUAGAUGCUCGAAGGCUAACAAAAUUCACUGGAGUCAUCACACAAGGAAGAAAUUCUCUCUGGUCGAGUAACUGGGUGACCUCCUUCAGAGUAUUGGUGAGCAAUGACAGCCAUGCAUGGACUGCUGUCAGAAAUGAAUCUGGAGAUGUGAUCUUUGAGGGAAACAGUGAGAAGGAGAUCCCUGUUCUCAAUAUGCUGCCUGUGCCACUGGUUGCACGCUACAUCCGCAUAAACCCUCGGUCCUGGUAUGAAGAAGGCAGCAUCUGUAUGAGGCUGGAAAUCCUAGGGUGUCCUUUACCAGACCCAAAUAAUUAUUACCACAGAAGAAAUGAGAUGACAACUACCGAUAAUCUCGACUUUAAGCAUCAUAACUACAAAGAGAUGAGGCAGUUGAUGAAAACUGUGAAUAAAAUGUGCCCAAACAUCACAAGAAUUUACAACAUUGGAAAAAGCCACCAAGGACUAAAACUGUACGCUGUUGAGAUUUCCGACAACCCAGGAGAACAUGAAGUUGGUGAACCGGAGUUUCGGUACAUUGCAGGAGCACAUGGGAAUGAAGUGCUUGGACGUGAGCUGAUCCUUUUGUUAAUGCAGUUCAUGUGUCAGGAAUACCUCGCUGGGAACCCGCGCAUUGUGCAUCUCAUUGAGGAUACCAGGAUCCACCUUCUUCCCUCAGUCAACCCAGAUGGAUAUGACAAGGCAUACAAGGCGGGCUCAGAAUUAGGGGGCUGGUCUUUAGGUCGAUGGACUCAGGAUGGCAUUGACAUCAACAAUAAUUUCCCAGAUUUAAACUCUUUGCUCUGGGAGUCUGAAGAUCAGAAGAAGAGCAAAAGGAAAGUUCCAAAUCAUCACAUCCCCAUUCCUGACUGGUACCUAUCUGAAAAUGCCACCGUGGCGGUGGAGACACGAGCAAUCAUUGCAUGGAUGGAAAAAAUUCCUUUUGUGCUGGGGGGCAAUCUGCAGGGAGGAGAGCUGGUGGUGGCGUACCCUUACGACAUGGUGAGGUCCCUGUGGAAAACACAGGACUACACACCCACACCAGAUGACCACGUCUUUCGCUGGCUCGCCUACUCCUACGCCUCCACGCACCGGCUGAUGACAGACGCGAGGAGGAGAGCGUGUCACACAGAGGACUUCCAGAAGGAGGACGGCACAGUUAAUGGCGCCUCGUGGCACACAGUGGCUGGAAGCAUAAAUGACUUCAGCUAUCUGCACACCAACUGCUUUGAGCUGUCCAUCUACGUGGGCUGUGACAAGUAUCCCCACGAGAGCGAGUUGCCUGAGGAGUGGGAGAACAACCGGGAGUCCCUCAUCGUUUUCAUGGAGCAGGUCCAUCGGGGCAUCAAGGGCAUAGUGAAGGACAUACAUGGAAGGGGGAUCCCAAAUGCCAUUAUUUCAGUAGAAGGCGUUAACCAUGACAUUCGCACAGGAGCUGAUGGAGACUACUGGCGCCUUCUCAACCCAGGGGAAUACAUGGUCAGUGUGAAAGCAGAAGGCUACACCACCGCCACCAAGAACUGCGAGGUGGGCUACGACAUGGGAGCUACCCGCUGCGACUUCACCAUCUCCAAAACCAACCUGGCAAGGAUCAAGGAAAUCAUGAGGAAAUUUGGGAAGCAGCCCAUCAGCCUGUCCCUGCGGCGGCUCCGGCAGCGGGCUCGGCAGUGGAGGCAGCGCAGAUAGAGCCCAGUUCUGCCAACAUCAGCCCAGCUGUAGCACUAGUGAGAGUUGCAUAGCCCAACCCUUCCUAUACAUUUCCCUGUCUGAGGCUUUUCUGUUAGUGGAGCUGGAUGUGGGUUUGUCAGUGUGGCAAAAAACUGGAAGCAAAGAUUGGUUCAAGCUGAAGUGAAAUAAGCCCUGGUGUUUGUGGGGGGAGGGAGGUGGGAAGAAUGGAAAGAUGUUUUGAGUUAAAAUGAAAUGUUUGGGGUGGUUUUUCUGUUGUGUUUUUUUGUUUUGUUUUGUUUUUGUUUUUUGCCUGUGGAUUAUUUAAUCCUAUGUAAAUCUGUUUUCUUUAAAAAUAGCAAAGGAAGAAAAAAAAGAUACUUGUAAAUGAGAAAUACUUUUGACUGAAAAAAAAAGAAAGAUGUUUCUAAAGUAUAAAAUUGAUAUAUUUUUGCAAUUCAAAAAAGUUAUGACGAUCUUUAAAUUUUCUUCUCAUAUGGGAGAAAAGCUGAGAGGGCACUGCUUCUGCUGAACAUCAUUAAAAUGUGUCCAAAUUUUGGUCUCCAUUUCCUUGUAAAUCCAUAUUUUGACAAGCAUGGUAAUCUCUGGGGGAAAAAAUAUCCUUAAGUGAAUAAACCAUCUCAGCUUUUCUGUUAUGGUAUUCGAGAGUGCCUGAUGACUCCAGAACUUAGUGCCCAGCGUUUUGUUUUCAAGGUUGUGUUUUUACUCUGAACUACAUGUAACAAGAAGGGCGCUGGGUAAGGACUGCUGCAGCCACAGCACCUCCUCUCUGACGCAGGAAAAAGACUUGAAAUGAAGCUUUCCUUGUGGACGCAGGCUUGGGCAUGGGCAAAAUCCACUGACAGCAUCUUUCUUCUUGAUUCUGGCCUGCCUAUAAGCACCUUUGUGCUCACGCACACCUCACGUCACUCUCUUCCACAACCUGGCAGGGACUCACCUUCCUCCACAUGGUCUGUUUGUCUUGCCACUACAGCUGCUGCUUUCCUGGCCUCGCCGCUCUGAGAGCUGGACUUGUGCUUUAUUAUUGGCUUUUAAGUAACAAAGUUGUACGGCAGAAUGGGUUUGAGGUUUGGGAAAGAUGCAGAUUGAAUCUGGGAAAGAAUGAACUAAAUAAACACUGGUCAAGCCA